AUGCCUCGCCAAAACAAAUCCGCAUCCCCUCCAAGCGAUGAACGUCGCCGCCUCCCCGCCAGCAUCAUCUUCACCCCGACCGAGCUCAAGCACUACCGCCGCUGGCAGCGCCAAACCACGUCUCUCAAGCCGCAGGACCAAGGGCUCCUCCCCUCCGCGUUCGAGUACGCCGACUUCAAGGCCUGGCUUGCAAGGCGCGACUCGGGAUGCUUCACCAACUCGCCCUUCGACGACAUCGCAGCGCACCCCCUCGCUCCCACGGAACCAGAAUACGUCCCCUCGGAUCGAGGGUUCACGCUCGCCGAGAAGUGCGGGCAUCCUCUUCACCCCGCGCAUCCUGGUGUGCGCGGGAAGUCAGAAGCGAAGACGUGUGAGGAAGAGAAGGAGGGGAGCGAAGUGCAAGACGAGAUACUAGUACUGCGCUGUCCUUGCUGCGUGCUCAAAGCGCAUCUACGGCUCCUAGUCGCGCUGUCCGAGAAAUGGACCGAUGUAGGCGGACCAUGGCGACAGUUCGACCAAGGCAGCGUCGAUGCAUCGCUGUACGGGGACUCGAAUCGCGCAUUCCAUCGCGCAAAACUGGGUCUUAUCAAUUCCGCGAUUCGGUUCGAGACGUGGGCGGAUGCGGAGGCGGGAUGGGAAGCAGAAAACCUGGAUAGCGAUGUGGACGCAGUGAGACAGUAUAGUGCGGGGAGGGCAUGGGAUCUGUAUCAGAAGGGAAUAAGCUUUCCGGCGCAUUUGAAGCAGAAGGAGGAGCCUGCGACGCCGACGACGAAGAAGCGGAAGCAACUUUCUUUCUCGCCGGAUACACCCGAGGAUACCAAACAUCGCCCGAAUCUGCUCUUUAGUCGCGGGUGUCCGUAUUACAACCCAGAGUCACCUCACAAAUGCCCGGACCAAGAUGGCUGGACCGAUACUUCGUUUCUACGCGACUACCACUACGCCAUAUCCCAAUGUCGCAUCCUGCUCAUCACGAACGAUCCGUCCUUAUCGUACCUGACAUACCGCAAUCUGAACGCCGGUCCAGACCGCGGUGACAACAUCUAUGUCACCCGUCUGCUAGAGCUGGUUGACAACUGGCUGGAUACAAUGACGCCAGAGAAUCGUCAGGGAUGGAUGGAUUACUUCUCUGGAGCGAGCGAAAUCUUUGUCGUCUACAAGGCCGACGGCAAGCCUGGGGAGGACUUCGAUGACUUCUAUACAGUCGAUUCGCUUGUUGGGACUGGGGUCGAGAUCUAUGCGCGGAUUGUUGGGGACAUUGACGAGGAGGAGUAUGUGGCGAGGGCAAGGAUAGCGCCGCAGGUAGCCGCGGAGACGCCGGAGGACUUUUUUGACCAGGUAUCGUUGGCGUCGGAUCCUGAGUCGGAGGAAGACGAACUCGAGGACCUAGUGGAUCCGAAAGAUCUCGAAGCUGAUGACGACCAUAUGGAGGUUGAUAUAGUGGGCGGAACGAAGGGGGUCGAUGUACAGAAGCUUGGCCUGGAUCCUGUGUCCUGGAAGUAG